UGCAGCCGUGGCGGCGGAGGCGCCGCGCGCCUUCUCGCGCGCCUCGCUACUCCCUCCUCGCUCCUCCCGCCUCCCUCCUCGCUUCCCUUCGCUCCCCCUCGGCCAGCUCGUCCUCUCCGCGUCCCCCCUUGCCGGCAGGCCCCAGAGGGCGCCGCGCCCAGCGGCGCCAGGCGCCGGGCGGCUUGAGCUCGCCCUCGCGCGCGCAGCGCCCGCGUCGCCUGGGAGGCGUCUCCCCAGACGCGCGGGCGCGUCGCGGCGGAUGGACGCGGCGGCGGGAGGAGUGCCGAAGAGGCGCCAGGUGUCCAAAGACCAUGCCGAGGCACACGAUCCGCGGGCGAGCAAGCAGACGGCCCAUCGGGACCAGAAGCAGGAGGAUGAGAUCCGCAUGGUGGAGCUGGAGAAUCGCGCGAGGCAGAUGGUGGUUGACCUCCUCGCACCGUCGAUCAUGCGACUGAGCAGGCUCAGCAGCAUGGUCGAGGAGAUCGGCACGGAGAGCAAGGACACCGUGGAGCAGGUCCGCCGGCUGACGUCGGAAAUGGACGUCGUGAAGGAGCGCAGCGAGCUCGUGCUGGUCUUUCGGGAGCGCAUCGAGGAUUUCCGCCAGUAUUGCGACGUCCUGGAGGCCAAGGUGAACGACUCGCACAGUGAGACCUCCAGCCGCGUGCAGCAUUGCGAGGAUAUGUGCAACGCGCAGAAGCUGAACACGGUGCGGAUUCAGAAGACGGCGGACCGGACUGCGCAGGACUUGGACGUGUUGGAAAACAGGCUCAACAAGAUGGUGAUCACCGUCGAUGAGGGGCUCCAGCGAGCGCAUGACCACACCGACGAGGAGUCCAAGAGGAUGGAGGUGUGUGUCAAGGA